UUCUUCUGUUUUGAUACCACACAUUAGUUUUGGAUGAUACCACACAUUUAGGUAUGGAUCAGAUACCAAGUAGUUACAGGUUCAUACAUUGGUCAUAUUCAAAGUCCUCAUGUAUUUCCUGACUUUAUAAAGAUACUGUAAAUAAAAACAAAAAUGGAAAAAUAUUUUGUGUCGCUAAAACUAUAUUGAUGUAAUCAUUGUAGUAUCGACUACAUACGCUCCUGCACUUGGUAUCAUUUCAGUGGAUGUCAGGUGUACUAGUUUUUGUAGAGAACAGGGACUCGUGUUUAUUGAUAAUUGGCCCUCUUUCAAGCGCCAUCACUCUUUGCACACAGCAUUUCUGGUAGAAUAAUCCAUAACUCACAUGAAAGUGAAACUGACCAACAUUAUUGUUGAACAUAAUGCUGUUGAUGAGAGAAUAUUAUUGCUAUUAAGUAGGAACAUGGAAGGUGAAAGUAUGCUUGAUCCAUCUUGUGUUUCUAUUCCAACACCUGCAGGGCGUCCACGAUGCAGCUGUGUGGCCCCAACAGCAGUGAGCGUGGAGGCUCCUCCUACCAGCUGCGGCAGCUUCGCCGCCAUGUUGUCUCACAUUGCCGCCUUCAGGCCGGCGGGCCACCUCCUUCCCCUCGCACCCGGUCCCAGUCCUCUUGGGUCCACCAAGCGUCCUCCUCUCCGCCACCCCGGCUAAAUGUCGCCCUGAGCCCAGAGCGUGUGGCCUCCUCUGCAGGGAAGGUUCUGGUCACAGGAGGCGGGGGAUACUUUGGCUUCAGGCUAGGGAGGACACUGGCCGGUCAGGGCAUGUCUGUCAUCCUCCUGGACCUCAGGAAGCCUCCACACGACAUCCCUGACGGAGCCAUCUUCUAUCAGAGCGACAUCCGGGAUUACUCUUCUCUCUUUGACUUGUGUGACGGCGUGGACUGCAUCUUCCACGCCGCGGCUUACGGCAUGUCCGGCCCAGAGCAGCUGAGGAAAAAGCAGGUGGAGUCAGUCAAUGUGGGCGGGACCAACAAUGUCAUAACUGUGUGCAAAGAAAGGAGCGUCCCCCGCCUGGUCUACACCAGCACCAUCAACGCCGUCUUUGCAGGACAGCCCAUUGAGGACGGAGACGAGGCGUCCGUCCCCCCUGUGCCGCCCCACAUGCACAUGGAUCACUACUCCAGGACCAAAGCCAUCGCCGAGCAGAUGGUGCUGUCGGCCAACAGGUGCGCCCUCAAAGGUGGAGGUCUGUUGAGGACCUGCGUCCUGCGCCCUUGCGGCAUUUACGGCCCCGAGGAGCGGAGACACCUGCACAGAGUGAUGGUGAACGUGGAGCGCCGCUUGUUCAGUUUCAGGCUGGGCGACCCGCGGGCCAGAAUGAACUGGGUCCAUGUUGACAACCUGGUUCUGGCCCACACGCUCGCUGCUGAGGCGCUCACCCUGAAGAAGAACUGUAUCGCUAGUGGGCAGACUUACUUCAUCAACGACGGACUUUCUGUGAAUCUCUUCGAGUGGCUAACGCCUCUGUUUGAGAAGUUGGGCUCCAGCAGGCCGCUGAUAAAGUUGCCAGUGGGUGUGCUCUACUCAGCAGCCAUCCUGGUGGAAUAUUUGCACCUAUUCCUUCGACCUGUGGUAGAAGUGCCUCUCCUGCUCACCAGAAGUGAGGUGAGGAACAUAUCAGUGAGCCACACCUUUAAGAUAGACAAGGCCAGACGAGAGCUGGGCUACAGUCCCCGGUCCUACAGCCUGGUAGACUCUGUGGACCAGUACCUCCAAUCCCAAAAAGCUGGCGGGAAGACCCCCCGGCUGCACGGGCCCCCUGUGGUGCUGCUGCUGCUGGCUUUCAGCUUCAUGCUGGUCCUCUUGUUGAGCUGCGUCCAGAGCCGCCUCCUGGCGUGAACACUCUUAUGUGGCCGGCCCUAGGGCCACACCCCACUUAGUACACAGGUGGGAGCUCAACAUGUGUUCCUAAUCCCCUUUUCACACCACAUCAAGCCCACAGUCUUACACACCUCAAAAGCAGUGAAGUUGUCACCUUGUGUAAAUGCUAAAUAAGAAGAGAAUUCAACAAAUCCUUUUCAACUUAUAUUCUUAUUUUCUGCAAAUAAUCAUGAAGUUAGAAUGUAAUGGCAGCAACACAUUGCAAAGACGGCAUUUUUACCAGUGUGUUACAUGGCCUUUCCUUUGAACAACACUCAGUGCAGGUUUGGGAAGUGAGGAGACACAUUUUUGAAGUGGAAUUCUUUCCCAUUCUUGCUUGAUGUACAGCUUAAGUUGUUCAACAGUCUCCUGCCUCAUAUUUUAGCCUGCACACAUUUUCAAUGUCUGGACUACAGGCAGGCCAGUCUAGUACCUGCACUCUCUCACUAUGAAGCCACGCUGUUGUAACACCUGGCUUGGCAUUGUCUUGCUGGAAUAAGCAGGGGCGUCCAUGAUAACAACAUAUGUUGCUCCAAAAGCUGUAUGUACCUUUCAGCUUUAAUGGUGCCUUCACAGAUGUGUAAGUUAGUCAUGUCUUGGCCACUAAUACACCCCCAUACCAUCACACAUGCUGCCUAGAACACUUUCACCCUACAACAAUCACUAAUACACCCCCAUACCAUCACACAUGCUGCCUAGAACACUUUCACCCUACAACAAUCACUAAUA